AUGGCGGCCGCGGUGGAGGCUGCAGGGGCCGGGGACGCGGCUCCAGGCGCCGGGGACUCGGCUCCAGGCGGCGGCCCGGCCGCCGUGCGGCUGCCGCGGUCGCCGCCGCUCAAGGUCCUGGCGGAGCAGCUGCGGCGCGACGCGGAGGGCGGCCCGGGUGCGUGGCGGCUGUCGCGAGCGGCGGCGGGCCGCGGGCCCCUGGAACUGGUGACCGUGUGGAUGCAGGGCACGGUGGUGGCGGCGGGCGGCGGCGAGGCGCGGCUGCGGGACCCGAGCGGGGCCUUCUCAGUGCGCGGCCUGGAGCGGGUGCCGCGCGGGCGGCCCUGCCUCGUCCCAGGAAAGUAUGUGAUGGUAAUGGGAGUGGUGCAGGUGUGCAGCCCCGAGCCGUGCCUUCAGGCUGUGAAGAUGACAGACCUCUCCGAUAACCCCAUCCACGAAAGCAUGUGGGAGCUAGAAGUGGAAGAUUUACACAGGAAUAUUCCUUAG